AUGAAUUCUUAUGAUAGAGAAAAUAAAUUUGAAAAGAAAUAUCAAGAAUUUUUAAAGAAAGAGACAUCGAAUUGUGAAUUUAGUAAAUGGAAAAUUGAAAGCUAUAGCUUGCGAAAAGUUACUAGUUAG